AUGGACUGUGUCAUGGUCCUGGUGAAUUCGGGUCUCUUUGAAGAGACCUUGGGACUGUUACACCUGAGUGGCAAACGGCAGGCCUUCCUCAUGUGUGUGAAGAAACACAGGCCAGGAGCGCACCAGGACGUCCAGCUGAUGAGGGAGUGGCUGGGCCAGUGCCAGUUCGAGUACACGGCCUGCAUCGAUCCCGACAAAAUGGAGUUCCUUGAAAAAAUAACAUCAUUUCGGGAUGAGCUCAAUGAAAUGAAAGAUGAGAUUGGCUGCUGCACUGUGACUCUCAUGUCCCACGGCGAGCAAGGCUUUAUUAAAAUGAAAGAUGGUGAGAAAGUGAGCCUGGAAAAAAAUCUUUGA